AGACAAACACUCUCUCUAUCAAUCCGGCAAAACAAUGUCUGCUUUUCCCGGCGAUUACGCAGCGGCUGAGACAGGUAUCUUUUGGGACAUAGAAGAUUGCAAGAUUGAUGUUGACCUCAAUGCUAGUCAGGUUUUGCAGAACAUUAAAUUGACCAUUUCGAGGGCUGGUCAUCAUGGAACGGUCUCAAUAAGGGCGUAUGGUGAUAUGACUGGUCAUGAGUUUCCCUCUGAGGGAAUUAAGCUCAAUCACUUCCCUGCAGGAGAGAGGUACGCGAGACAUUCGAAGAUGCUUGAAGACAUCAUUGCCUGGUCAGCUGAACAUCCUCAACCAUCAAAUUUGAUGCUAAUCAUGAAAGACACCUCUCCAGACUUCAUUGAGAAUAUCAAAUCAGCUCUUGAGAAUAAGGGUUAUCGUGGUGAGGUGUCAAUCUCAGCUUAUGUUCAGAAUGAAACGCUACCGGAUGACUUGCUAGAUAUAUUUCGUGAGGCCGGAGUCAAAAUCUCAUUCGUACCCAAAGAUUCAACGCAUAAAAGAGUUGCUAGGAUGUUCUUGGACAUUCUUCUAUGGGCAGUGGACAAUCCUCAUCCAGCAAAUCUGAUGAUAAUCUCAAACAACUUCUCAGAACACAAGUUGUUUCUCAAGACUCUUCACUAUUUGAAACAAAGACAUUACAAUGUUCUCUUAGCAGAGCCUGGUAAGGUCGUAUCAGAAGAGGGGAGAGCUAAAAUGGUGAUGAGCAACAUUCUUCUCACCGCUGUGGACUUUUCUCGCACCAAGCCUGAUCAAGUGGUUAAUUUGUUUGUGGUCUCAAAUAAAGUUUUAACGGAUGAGUUCAUUACUCUUAAGAGUAAGGGUUUAAUUGGUGGGUUGUAUAUCUGGUUCUAUUAUGGAGGUGAUCUAGAUUUCACGGAUGAAAUCGCGGACAAGUAUGAAGAGCUCGAUACCUUCUUCUUUCGCCUAGAAGGGGAUAUAUAUGAGAAAGCUACAAGGAUUAUGAGGGACGCUCUUCUCUGGUCAGUGGACAAUCCAGUGCGUGACGACAUUCCUGAACAAGCAAAUUUAUUUAUUAUCUCUAAUAAAUUCUCAGGAGAAGAAACCAAGGAGCUCCUCAGUUAUCUGCAAGCUUUGAAAUCGAGAAAUUAUAAUAUUCUCUUAGCACUUAAGGAACCCGAAUCAUGUGAAGCGCUGCUUCCUUCUGUAAGCUUGGAAUGGCUUUGGCAUAGAAUAUUAGGUGCUGGUGAUGAUCUUGAAGAUGAUGUUGACAAUACUACUCUUUGUAACUUGUGCAACAAGGAAGAAGAUUUGAAGGCAGCCAACCUUAAGAUUUUGGAGAUGGAGAAAGCACAAGCUGAACAAGACAAGGGUUUUAUUGGUCGGUUGAAAAUCUGGUUCUAUUAUGGAGGUGAUCUAGAUUUCACGGAUGAAAUCGCGGACAAGUAUGAAGAGCUCCAUACCUUCUUCUUUCGCCUAGAAGGGGAUAUAUAUGAGAAAGCUACAAGGAUUAUGAGGGACGCUCUUCUCUGGUCAAAGGACAAUCCAGUGCGCGACGACAUUCCUGAACCAGCAAAUUUGUUUAUUAUCUCUAAUAAAUUCUCUGGAGAAGAAACCAAGGAGCUCCUCAGUUAUCUGCAAGCUUUGGAAUCGAGAAAGUAUAAUAUUCUCUUAGCACUUAAUGAACCCGAAUCAUGUGAAGCGCUGCUUCCUUGUGUAAGCUUGGAAUGGCUUUGGCAUAGAAUAUUAGGUGCUGGUGAUGAUCUUGAAGAUGAUGUUGACAAUACUACUCUUUGUAACUUGUGCAACAAGGAAGAAGAUUUGAAGGCCGCCAACCUUAAGAUUUUGGAGAUGGAGAAAGCACAAGCUGAACAAGCCAAGGUGCUUGCUCAACAAGCAAAAGAGCUCGAGUAUUAUAAGAAUAUAGUAUUUAACCAAUUUCCAAACUUGGUUCUUCCAACCAAUCCUCCGGCUCGAGACGAUAAUUAGUAUUGUGUAUUUUUUAUGUGAUUAAAUUACAUCUUCUAUUCUAUGUUAUAAACUAUUAGUACUUAU